AACACGAAGUAAAACUGCGCCUCUCCGGGGAGAAACUACAACUUCCAGGGUUCCGCGGAUUGAAGGCUUGGGCUGUUCUCGGAGGCAAACUACAAUUCCCAGAAUUCCGUUAACCAAGGGGUGGUUCUGGCCUAGGGUCCGAGCAGCUGAGCUCGCGAGCCUGCGCACGUGCACUGGCUGCCGCGCCGGGCUCGCCAGCCAAGCAGGCGCAAGGCGGGCACCCGCGAGCCCCGGCGGCGGCGGUGGGGUGGGUGCCGCGGGACCUGCCCUCCAUGCCUGGUCUUCCCGGGCUCGGGGCGGGGUCAGGAGGCGGCAGCGGCGGCUGAUUCAGCCAAAGCCGACUACGCGGAGGGCCCACCGGGACGCUUCAACGCCACGGAGCCCCGCCUGCGGGCUGCAGGCUUUUGCCGAUCGUCAGCGUGCCCGCAGAGAUGGGUGGAGCCCGCCAGGCCUGUGGCACUCCCCGGGGGCUGUCCUGUCACUAGGGCCCCGUGGUGGCAUUAGGAUGCACCUGUCGGCGGUGUUCAACGCCCUCCUGGUGUCCGUGCUGGCAGCGGUCCUGUGGAAGCACGUGCGGCUGCGUGAGCAUGCGGCCGCUCUGGAGGAGGAGCUGGCCCUCGGCCGCCAGGCCCCAGAGCCGGGCCCCGCGCUGAGGAUCGACUACCCCAGGGCGCUGCAGACCCUGGUGGAGGGCGGCACACACAUGGUGUGCACGGGCCGCACGCACACUGACCGCCUCUGCCGCUUCGAGUGGCUGUGUUACUCCAGCGAGGCCGAGGAGUUCAUCUUCUUCCACGGCAACGCGUCCGUCAUGCUGCCCAACCUGGGCUCCCGGCGCUUCCAGCCGGCCCUGCUCGACCUGUCCACCGUGGAGGACCACAACACCCAGUACUUCAACUUCGUGGAGCUGCCGGCCGCCGCCCUGCGCUUCAUGCCGAAGCCCGUGUUCGUGCCCGACGUGGCGCUCCUCGCCAACCGGUUCAACCCCGACAACCUCAUGCACGUCUUCCACGACGACCUGCUGCCUCUCUUCUACACCCUGAGGCAGUUCCCCGGCCUGGCCCACGAGGCCCGGCUCUUCUUCAUGGAGGGCUGGAGCGAGGGCGCACACUUUGAGCUCUACAAGCUCCUCAGCCCGAAGCAGCCACUCCUGCGGGCACAGCUCAGGACCCUGGGCCGGCUGCUGUGCUUCUCCCAUGCCUUCGUGGGUCUCUCCAAGGUCACCACGUGGUACCAGUAUGGCUUCGUCCAGCCCCAGGGCCCGAAGGCUAACGUCCUGGUCUCGGGCAACGAGAUCCGGCAGUUCGCACGGUUCAUGAUGGAAAAGCUGAACGUGAGCCGGGCAGGGGCUCCCCUAGGCGAAGACUACAUUCUGGUCUUCAGCCGUACCCAGAACAGACUCAUCCUGAACGAGGCAGAGCUGCUGCUGGCCCUGGCCCAGGAGUUCCAGAUGAAGACGGUGACGGUGUCCCUGGAGGACCACGCCUUUGCAGAUGUCGUGCGGCUGGUCAGCAACGCCUCCAUGCUGGUCAGCAUGCACGGGGCCCAGCUGGUCACUGCCCUCUUCCUGCCCCGUGGGGCCACUGUGGUCGAGCUUUUCCCGUAUGCUGUCAAUCCCGACCACUAUACGCCCUAUAAGACGCUGGCCACGCUGCCUGGCAUGGACCUCCAGUACGUAGCCUGGCGGAACAUGAUGUCGGAGAACACAGUCACGCACCCUGAACGGCCCUGGGACCAGGGGGGCAUCGCUCACCUAGACCGGGCGGAGCAGGCCCGUAUCCUGCAAAGCCGCGAGGUCCCGCGGCAUCUCUGUUGCCGGAACCCUGAGUGGCUCUUCCGAAUCUACCAGGACACCAGGGUGGACAUCCCAUCCCUCAUCCAGACCAUACGGCGCGUCGUAAAGGGCCGGCCGGGGCCGCGGAAGCAGAAGUGGACUGUCGGCCUCUACCCAGGCAAGGUCCGGGAUGCGCGGUGCCAGGCGUCAGUGCAGGGCGCCUCCGAGGCGCGCCUCACCGUGUCCUGGCAGAUCCCGUGGAACCUCAAGUACCUGAAGGUGAGGGAGGUGAAGUACGAGGUGUGGCUCCAGGAGCAGGGCGAGAACACCUAUGUGCCUUACAUCCUGGCCCUGCAGAACCACACCUUCACCGAGAACAUCAAGCCUUUCACUACCUACUUGGUGUGGGUCCGCUGCAUCUUCAACAAGAUCCUCCUGGGACCCUUUGCAGAUGUGCUGGUGUGCAACACGUAGCGAGCGUGCCGUGGCCAGGCCUGGGUGGGGGCGUGGCUCCUCCAGCUCAGUGGCCCUGGGCCCACUAGCCCCGUGUGGUGGCUUCUGGGAAUUGUUUAUUUAUUGAGCAGGCCUGCCCCAGGCUUGUGCCCCCAUGUCAUCUUACUGCAUCUGGAGUGUGGGGUCCACAGUCCUCUUUGCCCUGGUACGAUGGGACCCUCCCAGCCCCCUUCUCCCAUCCUGAGCAUCCAGACGGUGGAGAAGGUCCUUAGCGGGAGGAGGAGGAGGAGGAGGAGGAGGAGGAAGAAGGAAAGUAGGAACCCUAAGGAGCCUCUGGCCGAGUAAUCGUGCCGUUCCCUACGGAAUCCUUCUGGUUGAUCUCCAGGUGUUUGGAAACUGUGAGUAGAUCACGUGGUUGCUUGGGUGGGUGGUUCAUCAGCUUCCGUCAUCAUGAAAUUCACCUGUAGCACAGUGAAGGUGUGUGUGGAACAUUCAUUAAAUGAUUAUAAACAUCUUGGUCCAGUCUUUUUUUUUUGGACAGCAGAAGCGGGCUGUUAGUCGGUACCCACAUGCUCUUUAACCUCAGCUGUCACCCGAGGCGACGUGGUGAUGGGAAAGCACCGAGGACUGUGACGUGAGACAGGCUGGUUGGAUUUCCUCUUGAUCGCUGGACGGAUAUCGCAUUUCCGGCUAAGUGGGGCAACGAGGCUGGAAGCGGGAGGGACAGGGCUGUGGUGAGCAAGAGCAGUGUCCACCAGGGGGUUUUCUUAGGCUGAAGAGGACUCCCAAGACCACAGCAGACCACACUUGGCAUCGGGUCCCCUUAGAAGGACAUAGGACAGGACGUUCAGCAGAACAGCGUAGAGCACUUUUCUUCUGCAGGAGGAGCCCUCACAGCAGCCCCGGGGCCAUCCUCGCCCUGUUCCGCAAGUGCCUGCUUGAGGGUGACGGGGCAAGACCCACGUCAGUAGUUGGGGCCACUGGUUUAGAAGCCCCAUAGGAGCCAUUCUCUUUCAAACAACGGUCUUAGUUCCCAGGGCCCUCAAGGAACAUCCCGGAUUCUAAAGCCAUUGCACUCAGGGGAGCCCCCAGCUCUGGCGUCCCACCAGAUAUUUUAGUUCAUUCACAGCCCUUCCAGUGCAGAUGUAGCUUAUCUGUCAGACGUCAGUUUUACUGUGAGCAGUUUUGCCAAAUAGCACACCUGACAUUCCACCUUUGUCUGGCUUCCGUGGAAACAGCUAAGAUCAACUGUGUC